AUGGUGAAACUCCUACGCAAAGUUGGUAUGGAAACUUGCAAGCCGCUUUCGACACCGAUGUCAACCACUGCACCAGUCACCUCCAAUGACUCUAAGCCAUUUGAUGAUCCGACAGUGUACAGGAGCCUUGUUGGGUCGUUAAUGUAUCUGCUUAUUACCCGCCCCGACCUAUCUUAUGCAGUUCACCGCCUGUGCCAGUUCAUGCACAGUCCAACGGAGGAACGCUGGGUGGCACUUAAAAGAGUGAUGCGGUAUAUUCAAGGGACUCGAGAGCUUGGCCUCCGUUUAACGCCUACCACUACACCGGUCCUGCAUACGUUCUCCGACUCAGAUUGGGCCGGAUGCUCGGUUGACAGGAAAUCCACUGGUGGUUACGCAGUCUUCCUCGGACCUAAUCUUGUGUCGUGGGCCUCCAGGAAACAACGCACGGUAGCUCGCUCAUCAACUGAAGCCGAAUACAAGGCCUUAGCUGAUUCUACAGCCGAGGUAACCUGGGUCCAGUCGUUGUUACGAGAGCUGGGAUUGCAUCCUCCCACUGUACCGGUUCUUUGGUGCAACAAUUUGGGAGCCACGUAUCUCUGUUCCAAUCCUGUUUUUCACGCUCGGACCAAACACGUAGAGGUGGACUAUCACUUUGUUCGGGACAAGGUGAAAACUGGGCAGAUGAAAGUCAACUUCGUCUCCAUUCAUGAUCAGCUAGCUGACGUGUUCACUAAGCCACUUCCGACUCGUUUAUGUUUUUUAAGGGACAAGCUUGGCGUGGCACAAUGUCCCCCGUCAGCUUGUGGGGGAGUAUUGAACAGUUAG